CUUCUUAGAUCCACGCUCCCCGCACGAGAGGCUCCGGUUAUUGGAAAACCCCAGGGGCAAGCAAGUGGAACACCACGGUUAAUGGAUGACUGGAUGGGUCUAGGGCCCCCUCCUCAUAUCUGGGCUCAGCUGUUCCUCGGUGACCCCCUUAGUACCCGCUACGACCUGGCGCAGAGAUGUCUAUUAUCUGCUGCGGGACCAAAAGUAGGCGCCAAUCCUCCUACCGGCCCCAUGAGACCCCGCCAUGGCUGCUCAGCUUCUUCUUUGCACUUCAGCACCUCCUGGUCCAGACCUCUCUCCUCUGCACCUGUCACAGCCUCUUUCUGCAGCAUCACCCGCUGACCCCCCAAGAUCAGAGCCGCCUAUUGGCCCGGAGCCUGUUCGUCUGUGGUAUCAGCACCAGCUUACAAAGCAGUCUGGGAACCAGGUUACCUCUGGUGCAGGCUCCAACCUUCCAGCUGCUGGUCCCGGCCUUAAUCCUCAGCAAAUACAACGACGUUAACGAAAGUAACGCAGGAGCCGAUGUUCCCGGGUCGGUGCUUUGCACAGAAACCUCAUGUGAACCGCAGCAAAGUGACCUCCAGGCGAUCAUGGAGGUGUCGGGAGCUCUGCUCGUCUCCGGGCUCCUUCAGGUUCUCUUCGGAGUCUCCGGAUUUUGGGGCUGGAUCUUGCAGUUUUGCGGCCCGAUGGUCAUUGCGCCGGUGCUCUCCAUUAUCGGACUUUCCUGUUACAAACCUGCGGCCAUGCUCUGCGCCUCCAACUGGGGGAUUUCCAUGAGCCUCAUUGCACUGACUGGACUAUUGUCACAAACCCUCCGCUGUGUGCACCUCCCUCUGUAUACCUGUGGCGGGGCGGAGAGGAGGUACGCCCCCAUAUUCCGUAUGCUCUCUAUUCUCCUCCCUGUUUCUUGCAUCUGGAUCGUCUGCAGUUUGUGGGUUCAGGAUCCGGUGGAGAUUACAAGUGACGUCCGUCUGGUACAGAACACAACAGGGGGCGCUGUAGAGAGUCCACAGAGAGUUAUAGGGAACCUCACCGGACCGGCCCCAUGGUUUCAAUUCCCAUAUCCAGGAUCCAUGGGAUGGCCUUACCUGAGCCUGGAGACGAUUGGCGUGGGGGUAGCGAUGGCGGUGAUAUCCAGCCUGUCCUCUAUGGGGUCUUACAUCCUAUGUGCCCGGAUGCUGAACUGUCCUCCUCUCUCUUCACAUUCAUGUAAUCGAGGGAUCGGUAUGGAGGGGAUCGGGAAUAUCUUAUCUGGAAUCAUAGGCAGCAUCUGCGGAGCGGGAUCUAAUGUACCCAGCGCUGGCAGCGCAGGAAUCACACAGGUGGGCUCUCGUCACUCGGCUCAUGUAUGUGCUCUACUCUUCGUUCUCCUGGGUUGCUCCCCGAGGUUAUCACAGCUCCUAAUGACUAUCCCCUCCGCUGUCCAUGGGGGGACUCUCUCUCUGACGUACUCCAUGGCAGUGGGCGGUGGAAUCUCCUUCUUUCAGUAUGCAGACAUAGACUCGGGAAGGAACAUCUUCAUCGUAGGGUUCACCAUGUUCAUGGCUCUACUGGUUCCACGCUGGCUCGAUGCCAAACCAACAAAGCUGGAGACAGGAUGGCCCGCGCUGGAUAUGCUCCUGCUAUCACUUCUCACCACUCCUAUUUUCCUGGUGGGAUUAUUCUCAUUUAUUUUGGAUAAUACAGUGGAAGGAAGCCUGGAGGAGCGCGGUUUACAGUCCAAUACCUCCCAGGAUGACUCCAAAGAAGAUCCACAUAAGAAUCUGGAGAGAGAGCUGGCACAGGCUUAUGGACUCCCUAAGGCACUGGCGUGUCUCCUACCGGCCACGUAUCCGUUCUCCCAGCUGUGCCCUCCACCAGCCAAGUCCAUAGUGAUCGCAGAAGGAGAAGAUGACAAACUGCUAGGCGGACCCCCUGUGAUGGAGAUGGAGCUGGGACGUGUGCGGAGUGCGGAGGGGCCUGUGUCCUCUGUAUAGUCCUUACUGUGAUAAUUUAUAGUGUUUUGUGUGUUUAUUUAAUAAAGGAUUCACCCUAUACA